AUGUCGGCAUUCAGUUGGAUAUUUUCAAGCACACAGACAGGCAGGAACCGCUGCAACAAACACGAAAUAUGGUUAGUUGCGAAAAACAGUUCCCUGCUGUCGCCUGAUCUGACGCUGAUCAUUUUGCAUAUUUCCUUAAGAAAUUUAAGGGUGUUGGGGUCCAUCAGGCCAAGAACCUCGAUGCAUAUUGGCAAGAAUUCCAUCGAGGGGAGGGCGUUCCCAUAUUUUUUCAUUUUCGCGUCCGCUGCCCUGGCCGCGGCCAAACCGCAUUCUUUACUUGUCAGGUUUACGUAUCGUUCGGCGAGGGUGCCAGGGACCGUAACAUCCCACGCCAAACAUCUGCCGGCUCUCCAAGGUAUUAGCGUGCAUCCGUCCGGUCGCCUACCAUCAUGCGCAGAAAUGCCGGAUGGUUCCUUGAGAACCGGGAUUGAAGCCUUGGAGAAGAGCCGACAAAUAUCGGUGAUUGACAAGAUGCCGCUGGGUGACUUCUUCAACGAGCAGUUUGUAUUCGCCAAGAGAUUCAACCAGUUGGAUCUCACAGACGAAGAAGUAGCAUUACUCACCGCUAUUAUGAUCGUUUGCCCCGAGAGAAGCGGUCUGCAAAACUUGAAGGCCAUCCAACAGCUUAAUCUACUAUUUCUCCAGGCUCUCUAUGUUCAUAUGUACAGGACUAGAUCUGAUCUGAGGAGAAUUAACGUCAUACACUCCAUUAAGGUGAACGACCUGAGGGAGAUGUGCCCUCUGGAAGUCCCCUUCCCAGCCCUCCACGAGGAAGUCUUCGACAAAUCUCUAGCCUGA